UAUCCUGUCACUUGCUUCAGCUUAAUUAAAACCGUAUAUCGGGCGAGAGAUAACUAGAUAAUGAAAUACAAAUACAAUACAUAGUGUAUAAACCGAUGGACGUGCCUUUGAAUGCUCCCCACAACCACAAACACGAAUCAAAUAUUAACCUUUGGAACGCGCUGUAACUCGAAAUGAAGGACCUGGACGGUACCUUGGAUACCCUGGAGAAUGCGCGCUUCAACUACGUGUAUAUGAAGGAUGUUGCUCGCCUGGCCAAGGACUCGAUAUUCUCGCAUAACGAGCUGGUCAGCAUCGUGAUGCUCUACCACAAGUUUGUCCUGGUCAAUGGACCGAGGGCGAAGUACAUGACCAUUCUGCAACUCACUGCGCUGAUGGAGCUGCUGUUCGAGAUCGUGGACCGGGAUCUCAUUGCGACCAUUGUGUACAGAAUAGCCCAUACCCCAGGCUCCAGGGCUCCUGACUUCUUUCCCGACAAGCACAUUCAUUUGGAGUCCUUUGUGAGGCUGCUCACCCUGUACUUCACCAAAGAUCUUCAGCUGAAAAUGGAGUUCGCAUUCUCGGUCUACGAUAAGAGCGAUUCCAAGCAGUUGAAUGGCGAGCAAGUGGGGUUUUUUGUCAGCAAGUUCUUCGAGAGCGAGGACGAGGACGAAUCCAUUGAGCUGCGACUGGAUAUGAAGGAGAUGCUGUUCCUCAAGUUCGACCUGGACAAGGACACCAACAUUGGGGUGGACGAAUACUACGAGGUGGUCCGCCGACAGCCCAUGCUGCUGGAGUGCUUUGGUCGCGUGUUUCCCCCGAAUCCCCAGAUGGAGGUCCUUGCUCUUUGCGCCAAUGUAAUGUCUUGGUUUGACGACUGCCCCAAUCCCAGGAUUAUGAUGAAACCAGACGCCGGGAAGACCGGCUAGCUAACAGGACGUCCGGGAACGCAUGUCUAUCUUACCAGAUACGUAAAUUGUGAGACGUCUAAAAUUGAAAGUGCAUUAAAAUGAAGUAAUUUACAUUUUUA